AUUGGAUCAAUCGAAAGGCUGGGCGACCAUCCAUGCUCUCCAACCGGGCGUCGGCCUUACAAUGCUCCGAAACCAGGAUCCGUAUAGCGUCACAGCCUAAAUAGUUCCCAGCUCCACGGGUAAUGACUGAUAUCUCACAUGACUUUGUUUCUUCUUUCAUGUUUCGCAACUUUAACAGGGACAUGGACCUUGCACUUUGCACUUCACUCCUUAUUAUCCUACUUGGUGUUAGUUAUUACCAUGCGCAGUGCCUUUUCUCUGUUUAAGAAGCAAAGACGGAUGCCGUCCUAUACUUCCAGUCAAUCGGCAGCCGAGCCCAACCGGGCAUUUCAGAUGGCUCGCAAUGCAAACGAAGAGUGGUUUCGCUAUACAAGAGGCCGGUUUUUAUCCAACGAAACUCACGAGAUGGCAAUACGUUAUGUUGAAUUCAAUAUGGACGAAUUGGUAAAGCGUGCUGCUGAAUCAGUCGGCUUUACUUCUGCACAAUGCGUGCGGAUUGAGAAGUUUCCUGACGGGAUGUUUAACAAAACCUUCCUCUUCACAAUGGAAGAUGGAACACAAGUCGUAGGUAAAGUGCCAAACCCAAACGCAGGGCGGGCCCAUUACACGACCGCCAGCGAAGUGGCAACAAUGGAUUUUGUUAGAAAUGAGCUACGCACCCCGGUACCAAAAGUGUUAGCUUGGAGUUCGAAACCAGAAGACAACUUGGUUGGCGCGGAAUAUAUUAUAAUGGAAAGGGUUGCCGGCGUCCAACUCAGUAAAGUCUGGUCAGAGAUGGGUAUCAAGGAAAGAUUUGAACUCGUGAAGACAAUUUCAGGAUAUCAAAAAGCUUGGAUGUCGAUGUCUUUCACUCAAUACGGCAGUCUAUACUACUCAUCUGAUGCUGAUGAUACUGACGGGUGUGACCUCGUGAAGGGGGAUGGGUCUAUAACAAAAUACCAACGGUUUGCUGUUGGCCCGUCAACCGGCCGAGAGUUUCUGGACGAUGGUAGGAUGGAGUUGGACUUUGAUAGAGGCCCUUGGAGUAGUGCAGAGCAAUACAAGUCGGCGGUCGGCCUUCGGGAGAUUGUUUGUGUGCAGAAUAUGACCAGAUUACCUCCGUCUUUCUUGUCGCUAUAUGGCCCCGGCACGUACUGUCGCUCUCGUUCCAAGAAGAUAGCGGCUCUCCAAAACUAUCUUCGUCUUGUGAAAUACCUUCUUCCGACAGAUAAAUCAAUCACGUCCGCCUUUCUAUGGCACCCUGACCUUCAUGCUGAGAAUAUCUUCGUUCACCCUGAAAGGCCAGCGGAGGUACUAGGUAUUAUAGAUUGGCAGUCAAGUGAAAUAUUACCACUUUUUGACCAUGCUCGCCAGCCAUAUUUCCUUGACUAUGAUGGCCCUCCAUCGACAGAUCUCGAGCCACCAGCAUUCCCAGAGAAUCUUGACAAACUCGAUCGUGCCGCGCAAGCUGAAGCCCAGGAUUUAUAUCUAAAAAUGUCACUCGCAGCAUUGUAUCGAAGGUUCACCUACAACAAUAACGAAACAUUAUUCAAGGCAAUGGAAUUUCGGCAGACUACCAGCUUUGAGAUGUUGCUUUUCGCUCAAAAUCUUCUUAUAGAUGGGGAGGCACUAUAUCAAGCCAGAUGCGUCGAUCUUGAAAAGGAGUGGACAACCCUCCCAGGCGUGCAAGCCUCUGGCUAUCCGCCAUUUCCUUUGCAGUUCUCAGCAGAUGAGGUUGCUUUGAUUGAUGAAGAAGUUUCUGGCGCAAUAAGGGGUAUGGAGUUAAUGCAAAACCUAAGGCAAUCGCUAGGCCAGCUGUGGCCGGACAAAGGGGUUGUACGGCCAGAGCAAUAUGAUGAAGUGAGAAGGCGUUUGAAGCAAGCGAAGGCGGAGCUGAUUGAUCGGCUGGCACAUUCUGAAACAGAAAGAGUUGCGUGGGAAGAAUCAUGGCCAUUCGAUGACUGACACUUUUUCCAGAUGAUCUAACAUGUCUUGGUUACACGCUGCAAUAGACUAUCGCGGGUC